CAACUUCUCUUCUUUUCCCUUUAUUCUUCUUUCUUCCUCCCUCCGUUGUCCCCCACUUCAGCAAAGCGAACGCCACCAUUUUCACAUUGACCCAUUUGCUUCUUUUGUUUCUUCGUCGUCCUCCAAAAUCAUAUAUUCCUUUGUCAAGACGAGUUUUUUCCCGUUUGGCUCCGACUGCGAUUCGAGCUCAGACCCAUGAAGUUUGGAUGUGGGUAAGACAUCAAGCUUUUCGAUAUUUGUAUUUCUCAAUUGCUUAUCCAGUGUCCGACUGGUCAGAUCAUAUCAUGUUGGAUUAUCCAUGAAACAUGAGAGAGAGUGGUGAAAAGUAUCGUCAGUAGAUGUCGACGAGCUUGGACGAAACGAGGGGAGAAAAUUAUGAGAUUUUCACGGAAAUUUAAUGUUUUUGGGUGAUGAAAUCUUGUUGGGUGCUUGAUUUCCGGGGCAUAGCAUUGUGGAUCCUCUGCUGGGGUUGAGUUUUCAGAUUUCUGUUCCUCUCUUGUUCGGUGGAUUAUCUGAAAGAAUCGUAGAACUUCUGGUUGCCAUCGAUUUAUUGGCUGGCUCCGCUCCCUCAAGGUUGUUUAUCUCUUGAGCUGUGGUUACAGUUUCCGUGUACAUACCAAGUUUAUGGCAUAUUUGGCCGAGGCAUAGUGUUGGUGGUUCUAAUUUGCCGUGUGAGAGUAUGGCAGAGAGUCGUGUUGUGAAAACAUCGUGGGUUGAGUUCCAAAUCAACCAGAAAGCUCAAUCCUUCGCAUACCCUCCUGCAUUUAGUGGAACCCCCGGAACAGUAUCAAACCUCCCUUCAACAUCAUCUCCAUCAUCAGGUGCCAAAGUUAGCCCUGUUGUUCUUUUCGUCAUAGUGAUUCUUGCCCUGUUGUUCUUUGUCUCGGGUGUCCUCCAUUUGCUAGUUAGAUUCCUUCUAAAGCAGCGGCAAUCGGCUUCACAGUCUUCUCUUGGUUCUAAUAGAAACCGAGAAACUUCCACAUCUGAUGCUCUUCAAAGACAGCUUCAACAACUAUUCCAUCUCCAUGAUUCAGGACUUGAUCAGGCUUUCAUAGAUGCCCUACCUGUUUUUCAGUACAAAGAGAUCGUGGGUGCAAAAGAGCCUUUUGAUUGCGCUGUCUGCCUCUGUGAAUUCUCCGAGAAGGACAAACUAAGACUGCUUCCGAUGUGUAGCCAUGCCUUUCACAUCAACUGUAUAGAUACAUGGCUGUUAUCAAACUCGACUUGCCCUCUCUGCAGAGGCACGCUCUAUGCUCCGGGUUUUCCAAUUGAAAAUGUGGGUUUUGAAUUUGAUGAUGCCAUGGAAGAGGAGUCACGCAAUAAGAGCGUGGAGAUGGAAGAAAUCACGAUUGAAAAGGGAGUUAUUCCUGUGAGAUUGGGGAAAUUCAGGAAGUUAAAUGAUGAUAAUCCAAAAGAAGCGGUGACUGGAGAGACAAGUAGCAGCAAUCUAGAUGCAAGGAGGUGCUUUUCAAUGGGUUCUUACGAGUAUGUUCUAGGAGAUUCAGAACUCAGGGUUCCUCUAUCCAUUGAUCACCAGACUAAACGUGAUCUGCAGAUCAAAAGCAAAGGGGAGUCAUCGGUUGAUGGUGAUGGCGGGGAGAGGAAGAUCAGUAACAUGAGGAAAGGUGAAAGCUUUUCGGUCUCAAAGAUCUGGCUUUGGUCCAAAAAGGGCAAAUCUCCAUCGAAUAACCGAACGGGCAUACCUUAUUCUCCCAACAUCAUGGACAUGCCAUGGAUGCGAGAAUGUAAUAUAAAUCAGAGCUAGUUUCUUUCUUCUGCACGUUUCUGAUUAUUCUCGGCUUCUUACGUUCAAACAUGGGAAUUAACAUUCAUGAACAAGAGAAGCUGACAAAGUCUUGUUGUUCACGGUUAUAGCUCUGUUCAUGUUCAUGAACAGUUAAACUGUACAUCUCAGGUCCAUUAGACUUGUGUAACAAAUGGUCUUAAGCUAUAUGUCCUUUCAUAAAAUAUUAUCUAAAUUAGUUCC